CGCAGCACCCCCUCCCUCAGGCGCAGGGGAGCAGAGCGGACUGGGGCGCGCCUGAGGCGCGCACAGCUUUCGGGCUGCAGGCGCUUGUUGCGCCUGGGGAAUUGGGCUGUGGGCGAGGCAGCCCAGGCUGGCCUUUAUCUCUCGCCGGGCCCAUCGUUUGAAACUUUAUCAGCGAGUCUCGCCACUCGUCGCAGACGCGAGCGGGGGGCGGGGGCGCGGCGAGGCGCCGGGGGCCGUGACGAGGCGCUCCCGGAGCUGAGCGCUUCUGCUCUGGGCACGCAUGGCGCCCGCACACGGAGUCUGACCUGAUGCAGACGCAAGGGGGGUUAAUAUGAACUCCCCUCUCCGUGGAAUCUGGCUCUGGCUCCCUCUGCUCUUGACCUGGCUCACCCCUGAGGUCAGCUCUUCAUGGUGGUACAUGGGAGCUACAGGUGGCUCGUCCAGGGUGAUGUGUGAUAAUGUGCCAGGCCUGGUGAGCAGCCAGCGGCAGCUGUGUCACCGACACCCAGAUGUGAUGCGUGCCAUUGGCCUGGGCGUGACCGAGUGGACUUCAGAAUGCCAGUACCAGUUCCGCCAGCACCGCUGGAAUUGCAACACUCUGGACAGGGAUCACAGCCUCUUUGGCAGGGUCCUACUCCGAAGUAGUCGGGAAUCUGCCUUUGUUUAUGCCAUCUCCUCAGCUGGAGUUGUAUUUGCCAUCACCAGGGCCUGUAGCCAAGGAGAAGUAAAAUCCUGUUCCUGUGAUCCAAAGAAGAUGGGAAGCGGCAAGGACAGCAAGGGCGUUUUUGAUUGGGGUGGCUGCAGUGAUAACAUUGACUAUGGGAUCAAAUUUGCCCGCGCAUUUGUGGAUGCCAAGGAAAGGAAAGGAAAGGAUGCCAGAGCCCUGAUGAAUCUUCAUAACAACAGAGCUGGCAGGAAGUCUGUAAAGCGGUUCUUGAAACAAGAGUGCAAGUGCCACGGGGUGAGCGGCUCGUGUUCUCUCAGGACAUGCUGGCUGGCCAUGGCCGACUUCAGGAAAACGGGCGAUUAUCUCUGGAGGAAGUACAAUGGGGCCAUCCAGGUGGUCAUGAACCAGGACGGCACGGGUUUCACUGUGGCUAACGAGAGGUUUAAGAAGCCAACAAAAAAUGACCUCGUGUAUUUUGAGAAUUCUCCAGACUACUGUAUCAGGGACCGAGAGACAGGCUCCCUGGGUACAGCAGGCCGUGUGUGCAACCUGACUUCCCGGGGCAUGGACAGCUGUGAAGUCAUGUGCUGUGGAAGAGGCUACGACACCUCCCAUGUCACCCGGAUGAUCAAGUGUGGGUGUAAGUUCCACUGGUGCUGUGCCGUGCGCUGUCAGGACUGCCUGGAAGCCCUGGACGUGCACACAUGCAAGGCACCCAAGAACGCUGACUGGACAAGCCCCACAUGAUCCCAGCAGAGGUAACCAUCCACCUUCCCUUCUACAAGGACUCCAUUGGAUCUGCAAGGACACUGGACCUUCGGGUUCUCUCUGUGGGGAUAUUUCCUAAGGCAUGUGGCCCUUUUCUCAACAGAAGUCCCUUCUUCCUCCCUGGGGGCCUCAGGACAGGGGGCCGCAUGCUGCAACUAAAGCCAACCCUUAUUCUAUCCAUCUCCCAGCGUUCUGGGGUCAUCUCCCUUCCUGGUGAGUUCUCUUUGGAAAUAGCAUGCCAGGCUAUUCAACUGGGAGGGUGGUGGGCCCAGACCGCUGUCUCCACCCACCUCGACUUUUCUUCGUUCUAGAGCAGUUGCCAGGUAGAAAAAAGAGUGUCUCAAAGGAGCCUUCUCAAUGUCUUUCCACUACAAAUGUUCCUAAUUAAGAAAUUCCAUACUUCUCUCUGAUGGGUACAGUAAAGAAAGCAGAAUCAAUUGCCACAGACUUCACUUUAAUUUUUGAAAAGACCAAGACUUUUGUCUGAUUAAGUGAUUUUACAGCUACCACCUCUAGGGGUAAUUGGUGAUUACCUGGAGAAGGAUGGCUUUCAAUACAUUUUUAAGCUUAAAAUGUAUAUUUUUAAGGCAUUUAUUGCCAUAUUAAAAUCUGAUGUAACAAGGUGGGGACAUGUGUCCUUUGAUACUAUGGUGUGUUUUAUCUUUGUAAGAGCAAAACCCUCAGAAAGGGAUGCUUUACAUUACUGCCCCCUCAAUAUAAAAAGUCUUUAGGGAAUGAGACUUCCUUCUCACGUAGAACCUGAAGGGAAUUAAAAAGAAGAUGAAUGGUCUGGCAAUAUUCUGUAACGAUCGGGUGAAUAAGGUAGAAAAUAAUUUAGUGAAUGGAAUAUUAGAAAUGGAUCUGUACAGAUGAAGAAAAAAAGGGAGAAUAAAAUUCCUGUCUGGUGUUAUGCAUGUGACCCAUGGAAUUUCACAACUGAAAUGACUUUAAGGGUGAAAAUUUUGGGUAUACAAGAUUGGUAAACUAAAAUGCUGACAGGGAGGUUUCUAGAGCUAACUCAUGCCUGGGGCAGCCUGACAAUAAGCAGAUGUCUGAGAGAAGUCAGCCACGUGCACCGUCAGCUAAUGCCCAUCACAUCUUCAAGCCCAGUUUAAAGACCUGUCAUAUUUAAUUGUAUUUAUUUGAUUCUUACAAGAUGAUGUGAUACUGUAGCCUAAAGCAAAUGACACAUAGCAUUGCUUAUAAAGUUGGUAACCCUGAUAUAUUAUAUUGCAAACAAAUCAUAACUUGGAGACUAUAUUUAAGGGACUCAGCUGUAAUUAUGGGAGCAUCAGUAUACAAAUAAUCGUUGGCUUCUGCCAUCAACCAAAAGAUGACAUUCAGGGAAAAUGGAGAGGCUGCCUGCACCAUUUUUUAUAUUAAAUGAAAGAAAGGUGAAAUAGCUACUUCUAGUGGUCUUAAAAACGUUGGUUCUUAUUCUGUAUAUGACUUCCGUACAGCGUGACGGAACAGGAUACUUCAUUGCAUGCAUCUGGUAUCAAA